AAGAUUUCCAGAGGGCUACCGAAGUGCUGCGUGCCGCCAAGGAGACCAUUUCGCUUGCUGAGCAGAGGUUGCUGGAGGAUGACAAACGUCAGUUUGACUCUGCCUGGCAAGAGAUGCUCAACCAUGCUACUCAAAGGGCUCAGACUGAAGGAUGCUGCUCAUUUGCUCACAGGAGAAUAGAACAAUGAUGAUGAGACUAACAUGAUUUGAAAACCAGAGUGCUUGCAUUUCAUCUUUCCUGAGAUAAGACUUACUUUGAUCUGAUAAGGUCAUGGAGGCAGAGCAGACGAAAACAAGAAGUGAGUUGGUGCACAAGGAGACUGCAGCCAAGUACAACGCUGCCAUGGGUCGGAUGAAACAGCUGGAGAAAAAACUGAAAAGGGCCAUCAAUAAAUCUAAGCCUUACUUUGAACUCAAGGCAAAAUACUAUGUACAGCUUGAGCAAUUAAAAAAGACUGUGGAUGACCUGCAAGCAAAGUUGGCCCUGGCAAAGGGAGAGUACAAAACUGCCUUGAAAAACCUGGAGAUGAUCUCAGAUGAGAUCCAUGAGAGGAGACGGUCUGCUGCCAUGGGGCCCCGGGGCUGCGGUGUGGGUGCUGAAGGCAGUAACACUUCAGUGGAAAACCUUUCAGCAAGCAAACUGGAGGCAGACACCAUCUCCAUAGCCUCUGAAGUCUUUGAGGAUGACAACUGCAGCAGUUUUGUGUCUGAAGAAGAUUCUGAAACCCAGUCAGUGUCCAGUUUCAGUUCUGGUCCAACAAGCCCCUGUGAGAUACCCACUCAGUUUCCUCCAGCAACAAGGCCGGGAAGCCUGGAUCUACCCAGUCCUGUAUCCCUGUCUGAAUUUGGGAUGAUGUUUCCUGUCCUUGGUCCUCGAAGUGAGUGCAGUGGGGCAUCUUCCCCAGAGUGCGAGGUUGAACGAGGGGAUAGGGCAGAAGGGGCUGAGACCAAGACGGGUGACAAGGCGAACAAAAAUAGGAGCAGCAGCAGUCACUCCGCUGAGGGCCUGGCUUUGGAUAACCGAAUGACACAGCUCUCACUUCAGUGCAUGAAAAUCAAGGAGGGCUUAAGUGCAGGCAGAAAAGCCGCCCAGAUUGGCUGAAUUGUCCUCUUUCCAUCCUGCUCUGGUUAAUGGGCGUGUUGGUAUUUAUACAUGAACUUCUCAAUGUCCGAAGAAGUGUGCCAAUAACUAUUUAAUAUAUGCCAAAUCUUAAGUGUUUACUAUAAAAAUUUAAAACUGCACUAAAGGAGUGGAAUUGAUGUUGAGGGCUGAAUUUUUUUCAGUGAAAUCUUUGUAGGAUGGACAGAUUGUCAUACGUAUAGCUGUGCUCAUAUUUCACACAGCCUUUGUAAACUGUUUUGUAGCAGCCUGGCUGAAGCAAUAACUGGUAAUGUUCAUGUGUAAACUCAUGCCAAUAGGGGUCUGAAAUCCAAGCCAAAUAUUGGUGGUGAGGUUUGGCUUGUUUUGUAGAAUGAUGCUCUUUAGAUACAGUGGAUCCCUGAAAUCUAAGUGGCGUCUCCUUUAAACACCUAUAUUUGUCUGUAUUAUAAUGAACCUAUAGGAACAUUUUGUAUACAGGGAAGCUGUUGCAUGUGUGGGUCUAGCAGCCUUCACUCACUCUCCAGUGCUCCAGCAAGGAGAAAGUUAGUUGCCCUUAAGACUUGGUCAAAGAGGAUAACAGAAACAUGGUGAUGUUCAGUAGCUACGUGCCCCUUCUACCUACCUGCUCUUUGUGCGGCUGCCUUCUAAGGGCAAAUCCAGUGACAAAAAAAGUACAGGACUCUCUUUCUUGAGAACGUAAGUAUAAUUUAUCAGCACUUUAAGUGUUAUUACUGUAAAACAAGAUUCAAGGGUGGGUGCAUGUAGGACAGUCUUGUUAGAUACCUACCAAAUUUGAAGGGGGCUUGCCCUUAAGAUGUGCAUGAAGAAAAGGAAUUGCCUGUGUGGCUUGACAGUGUUCUUAAUUUUUCUGUAGGUUGUAAUGUGUGAGGUUUUAUGACUGUUUAAGGGACUUCAGAUUUUUAGUAUGGCCUAGAAAAAUUCACUAAAAGUAGAAAGGGCGUGAGGCAUGUUUUGGCAGCAGCUAUUAGGCAGUAGUGUGUCUGGUAAUUAUGCUAAUAAAUAGUAGUAAAAAUACUAGGACUUAAGCUUGGUGGCUAGACAUUUCUGAGAGCACCAUACUGUAUCUGAAACGUCAGUUUAUAUUGUUAAUUUGAUGGGAAUUAAGUAUCUUCCAAGGUUUUCUAUACCAUGUUUUGCAGUCCUGGUGUAUUUUGUCCCUGCCACCGCUUGUGUAUCUAUUCUCAAAGUAAAUGUAAAAUUCUUCACACUACAGUAAACAUUUUGGUUUUCCAUAUUUUAUUUUGACUUGUGCAAGAUAACAGUGUCUAAAACAAUUUCAACCAUUAUUAUAAAUCUAGUUCCACAGUAAACUAAGUGUAUGAGGAUGUUUACAAGUAUUAGUCAUAUGUAUACAUAUGUAGUCCAGAUUCACACAAGGAAGUCAGUUUGGUCUCUCGCCAUUCUAAUGCCAAAUGCCCUAGUCUUUAGUAAGGUAAAAUGAAGCUUAAUGUAAAUUUAAUUUUAGCACUGGUACUUGAUUGGAAUGCGUACCCAGGACACUUGAGACUUUUCAGGCAAGACCCUGGCACUGACUACUUUGCUAUAUCUGGACAAUUAUUUCAUUGUGGCUUUCAACUAGACUUUCAUUCACAUCACCUUUGGCUUACAACUUGACAAUUUUAAGUAAAAAAAAAAAACAAAAAACCAACAAAAAAAAUCUGCCUUUAAAGGAUUACUUAGUAUGUAGUGGAGGGGGAGAUAUUGUAUGUUGUCUGACACCUCUGCUUUGACAGAAACCUGGUUUCAGAAGAUAGAUUUAAUGUUAGCAUGCAGAAGUUGAACACAGAAGGUCACCUGGCACUUGCAAAAGGCUUAGCCCUUAGCUCAUCAUCAGCACAUUCCAACUUCUGAGCUAACAAUUUGAGGGAAGAAUGGUUAGUUUUAACACGUGUCACUUGAUGCUUGGCUACCUUACCUUCUAAUUAAGUAAAUCAGCCAAGGAAUUACGU